AUUAGCAGUCCUGUUACAGACGCAAAGCAAAAGAAAGAACAACCAAAAAAAGUUUGCGGAAAAGUGCAACUAAUAACAUAAUUAAGUGCAGUGCAAUCAAUUGCAAUGCUUAUAAGAGAACUUAAACCACAUAGAAUGCGCUGCUGCGUAUGACGACAGCCUUUUCAGAUAGUCGUCUCUGUGCAAGUGUGUGUGCGUGAACGCUUCGCUGCUGGCAAUCCAUCACAUCGCUCGUGUCCAGCAGUCGUCGUCGUCAUACGGAAAAACGCGCCAACGAACGCACCUCUUCGCCUACAUCUUCGUGGCUGCGAUCACGCGCCCCGCCCCGAGCCCCACGCUUAUAGAUGAUAAUGGUGCGCAGGAGAGCGCGCCCCACCAAAGACACUGGUGGUGGCUCUGCAGCGGCAGCUGUUGCCACAGACGGAGCUCUAACCAUGGACACUGCCGCCGCUGUGGCCGUUGCGGGCGGCAAUCAUCUGCUCGAUGAUCAAUAUUUUGCCAGCCCCAAGCGGAAAGACUGCCGCCUGAUGAAGGCCAGUGAAAAUCUCAAAAUUUCCUCCGAUGUGCUGACAUUGGAGGAGGCGAACAACAAAGGCAACAAGCCAACAAAGGCGUUAACAGAUCGAACAAUUGGCGUGCCGCUGGCCACACGCUCCCAAACACGCACCAUUGAGAACUUUUUCAAAGCAAAUGCUGCCGCCAAGUGUACACCACAUGAUGAGCCAAUUGAAGAGCAAAAGACAAUAUCCACAGAGCUUGCUCUGUCCGAUGAGCUGGGGGAUGACGAACUGGAGCGUGUUGUUGGCGAUCUGCUGUACGAUGGCCAUUCGACGGCCUCUUCCGAUUCACCUUCCUACCAACACGAGCGCGAGCUCGAGCAGGAGGACACAUUUCUGCUGCGCGAAACGAGUCCCGGGCCCGUACUGACGGCCGACUUCCAGACACAUCGGUCGGCGCUGCGGGAUAGCCACAGCUCGUCCCAUAGCAGCAGCAGCAGCAGCGGCGGUGCCAGUGCCACCACAGACAAUAUCUUCCUGCAGGAACCGGUGCUGACACUGGACAUUGAUCGCACGCCCACCAAAGCCUCUAGCAUUAAGAUCAACAAAAGUUUCGAGCUGGGCAGCGCUGUCUUCUCAUCGCCACCUUCCGUGCUGAAUGGCUGCCGCUUCAAUCAGAUUGUGACACUCAAUGGAGGAGGCGCCGAGCAAGCCGAGAUGCCGGCAGCUAUCCCGCCUCAGCCACAGCUUCAGCCGCAUCUUAACGCCUUCGAAUUGGACCAACAUGAUAGUAGUUCCUGCGACAGUGGCGUUGCCUGCAGCCUGAGCCUGACGGCUGAAUCGCCAGCAGCUGCGGCCACGCGUCGCCGCAAGCCAGCCACACCUCAUCGUAUACUCUGCCCCUCGCCGAUCAAGACAUUGCCCCGCGAAGGGAGCGGCGGCAUGUUAGUACCUGGAGCACGCAAAACUUCCGGCAUUUUGAUGAAGGGCGAUCUGUUGUCGCCGAGAAAGUCGCCACGCAAGCUGCCGACAACGACAGCGGCGGUUGCCGCCUGCAAGUCGCGACGAAGACUGAAUCAGCCAAAGCCACAAGCGCCUUACCACCACCAGCCACAGACACAGCCACAGCCACAGCCAGGCACACAGCCAACGAACGAGGAUAUUGUCGUCAUAAUCGAUGACGAUGAUGAUGUGGAUCAGGAGGAUGAGGGCGAUGAGGAUGAGGACGAUGUACAUGCCUUACUGAAGGCUGCCGAAGAGCUGGAGAACCUGAACAAAGUACCCAUAGCCAUUAGCAACAAAAGCAACAAUCAUGCGAAAACAAUGCUCAAACCAGCGCCAGCCAAGCCAAGGGCUGCCCUUAGCAAAGGCAAGUCGAAGACAGGCUCGAAGAUCCAGCCCGGACCACUGCCCCUGGCCGCCACGAAUGGCAAUCGCGAGAUGACAGACUUCUUUCCGGUGCGGCGAAGCGUGCGCAAGACCAAGACAGCCGUCAAGGAGGAAUGGCUGCGCAACCUCGAGCAGGCGGUGCUUGAGGAGCGCUCCGAGGGCCUGCAGGUGCGCAACUUCAUGGGCAAGGGACGCGGCGUUGUCGCCGUGCGUCACUUCAAGCGCAACGAGUUCGUCGUGGAGUAUGUGGGCGAUCUGAUCUCGAUCAGCGAUGCCACCGAUCGCGAGCGACGCUACGCGCUGGACGAGAAUGCCGGCUGCUACAUGUACUACUUCAAGCACAAGAACCAGCAGUACUGCAUCGAUGCCACGGUGGACACGGGCAAGCUGGGACGCCUCAUUAAUCACUCGCGUGCCGGCAAUCUGAUGACCAAAGUGGUUGUCAUCAAGCAGCGACCGCAUCUGGUGCUGCUGGCCAAGGAUGAUAUUGCGCCGGGGGAGGAGCUGACCUACGACUAUGGCGAUCGAUCCAAGGAGUCGCUGCUGCAUCAUCCUUGGCUGGCCUUCUGAGGCAGGGAGUCCAUGGAGAAGCCCUAGCCAGAAGCGGUCAACGGUUCGGAAACGGUUCAGCUAAAUGGUUUUUGUGUGCUUAAUUCUUAGCUUUUAUAUCUAUCUAUAGAAACCAGAUCCACAAACCAUUUGGGCAAGACAAAACCUACUUCCAUUCAAAGACUGUUCCAAGCCUCGAAACGAAACGCGAACCGCAGCGGACUGGGCGUGGCACUCCCCCGAAUUUAGUUUUUAUUUUGAGGAAAAGUAUGAAAAACUGUUAGUUCAAAAUAUCAUAAAGGAUAGGCGAAACACACACCAACACACACCACACACACACACACCAACACACACAUGAUAGCAUACAUAUAAAAAUUUUCUGGAUUUGUUAGCGGUUUUUAUAACAUUAUGUUACGUGGCAGCCAGGCUAAAAACAGAGAGAAACGAGACCAGACAGGAGAUGAUGAUAAUAACUAAUUGAAAAUGCGCUUAAACAUUAAGGCAUUCAUCUAGCUAGAGUUUAAGUAUAACGAAAUGAUUAACUGUUGAACAUUUAGACGCAAGUUUCCGAAAGAGAGAGAGUGCUGCUGGAAGGGUGUAACGCGUAUGCUAUUUAUAUAUAGAUAUUUAUAUUAGAUACAUGUGUAAUUUCGAAACCUAUUAUUACGUACUAUUUACUGCCAUAGUGCUACACAAGCCUCGCCCACGCCCCCAUGCACGCCCUUAGCCACACACAACCAUGCGGUACACAAGCAGCUUUCAGGAGAGUAACGGACUGCUGGUACAGCUAGUCUCUCUCUUUAGACACACACACACACACACACUUAAGCAGGUUUCAAACACACACACACACACAUACACUCUCCUGCCCCUCUACUACCUACAAAAUGACAGAAGCUUCUCCAAUAAUUGUUUUAUUUUCUAUUCACAUAAAUUGUAAGUUUUAUUUCUCUGUAACCAGCGCAUAUCGUUUUUAAUUAUACACAGUAAAUACAUUUUUAAAUAGAUUUAAUUCAUUUCUUUAUUUAAAAACAAAAAGCAGCAUCGUUUCAUUGUAAUUAAACGUUUUUAGCUCUAAUUUGUAUUGACUUAGCAAAAUAAAAACCACACACGAAAAUCGAUAGAAUAUUUUACAUACACUUAAGUUUAAAGUUUACAUUCAAAACACUUAGUUCUAGUUAAUAAUUGUUUAUAAUUUUCACACUCACACCCACACACUAUCAACUUAAAAAAAGCGCAACAUAAAGUAAAAUAAAUAAAAAUGCAUAAAAAAAAACACUUUAACAACACGCAAAAAUAAUAAUCAUCAAAAAAACUGGAGCGGAUUUUUGGGCGCUGGCGCUGCAUCUACUGGAGAUCAU